CCAAGGAAUUCAAUUGAAAAUUGUUACAAUAGAUAACAGCAGAAUAAGACUGAGUACUAUAAAUUCAUUGCUCCCUCUAAGUUAUAUUUCAUCCACAACAUUAAAAUACAAACAUAUUAAAAUCAAUAGAAAGAUACCAGGUAGUGAAAAAUGGCAUUGACAUUCAAUUGGAAGCUUGCUUUUGCAGCUCUACUAGUAUUGUCAAUGUGUGCUUCUCAUGCCACAUCUCGAGACUUGUACGAGGCCUCAAUGGUCCAGAAGCACGAGCAAUGGAUGGGUCACAUUGGACGGGUGUACAAAGAUGAUACAGAGAAGGCAAAAAGAUUCAAAAUAUUCAAGGACAAUGUUGAGUACAUUGAAUUUGUUAACAAGGCUGGAACUCGACCUUACAAAUUAGGCAUUAACGAAUUUGCUGAUUUGACAAAUGAAGAAUUCAUAGCCGGUCGCAAUGGGUACAAAAUAUCUUCACAUAAAAAAUGGCCAAAAAUCACAUCAUUCAAGUACGAAAAUGUGACUGCUCCAGCUACCAUGGAUUGGAGAACGAAGGGCGCUGUUACUGGAAUUAAGGACCAAGGGCAAUGUGGAUGUUGCUGGGCGUUCUCCGCUGUUGCUGCUACAGAAGGAAUCAACAAAAUCAGAACUGGUAAGUUGAUCUCUUUAUCAGAGCAAGAACUGGUGGACUGUGACACAAGUUCGGAUAUGGGAUGUGAAGGAGGUCUUAUGGAUGAUGCUUUUAAAUUCAUCAUCAAGAACCACGGGCUCACUACUGAAUCCAAUUACCCGUAUGAGGGAACUGACAGUACUUGCAAAACAAGCAAAGAGUCCAAUCAUGCAGCGAAGAUCACAGGUUAUGAAGACAUUCCGGCUAACAGUGAAUCAGCUUUGCUAAAAGCAGUUGCAAAUCAACCUACAUCCGUGGCAAUUGAUGCUAGUGGCUCAGAUUUUCAAUUCUACUCGAACGGUGUUUUCACUGGAGAAUGUGGAACUGAGUUGGAUCAUGGUGUUACUGCAAUUGGUUAUGGGGAAACUAGUGAUGGCAGUAAAUAUUGGUUAGUGAAGAAUUCAUGGGGAACAAGUUGGGGUGAGAACGGAUACAUAAGAAUGAAACGAGAUGUUGAUGCAGAGGAAGGACUUUGUGGAAUUGCAAUGCAAGCUUCUUAUCCAUCUGCUUAA